AUGUCAAGCAGCAUACAAACGGAUAACAUCGCGGAAGAAGCUCUCCAGCGUAGACUUCGUGUUGCUCGAAAACCUGAAAAUGUUUUGCUCAUAUGGUUGGACAAAAAUAUCGAUAAUAAUAGCAGAGAUAACCAAAAUACCAUUACUAAACUGAAAGAAGUGUGUGAUGUCAACACGUACACGGACAGCGAAGAGUGCAUUCAAUUUAUUGAGACAAUCAAAGAUCGCAAGGUCUCUAUUAUUAUGUCAGGCUCAUUGGGACAGCAUGUUAUAUCUUGCGUGCAUGAUUUGUUUCAAGUAAAUCUAAUCUUUCUAUUCUGCCGGAAGAAGAUCCGAUACGAACAGUUGGCAAAAGAAUGGUCGAAGAUCAAAGGAGUAUUCACAGAAAUAGAGCCCAUCUGCGAAGCUUCAACACAGGCAACACAGCAAUGUGAACAAAAGGCCAUAGCCAUCAGUUUCGUACCCUCGGGUAAAAAACUGGAUCAAUUAGAUCCAUCAUUCAUGUAUACGCAAAUUAUUAAAGAAAUAUUGUUGACUAUUGAUUUCAAUGACAAGCACCUAUGCGAUUAUGUAAAAUAUUGCCGUGAGCUAUUUGCUGAUAAUGAAAAAGAACUGAACAACAUUACUCAAUUAGAAAGUACAUAUUAUCAAGAAACGCCGAUAUGGUGGUACACGCGUGACUGUUUCCUGUAUCGGAUGCUCAAUCGCGGAAUACGGGCGAUCGAUGGUAAUAUUGUGACACGAAUGGGCUUCUUUAUUAGUGAUCUUCAUCGUCAUAUUGAGAGAUUACAUAGAGAGCAGUCUUAUUCGGAAGCCUUCACACUCUAUCGUGGACGAGGUUUAUCAACAAAAGAUUUUCAGCGGUUGCAGGAAACGAAUGGUGGGUUGAUGUCGUUUAACAAUUUCCUGUCAACUAGCAAGGUUCGCGAAAUUUCACUUCAUUUUGCUCAACGAACUGCAGCAAAUUCUGAUCUGGUUGGAGUCCUCUUCGUGAUGCAAAUUGAUCCGAAGCUAUCAUCAACUCCAUUUGCCUCAAUUCGUGACUUCAGCUGUUAUUCACACGAAGAUGAGGUCUUGUUUUCCAUGCAUAGUGUAUUUCGUAUACGUGAUAUCCAACCAAUGGAUGAAACUAAUAGAUUGUACGAAGUUAGUUUGACAUUGACCAAUGACAACGACAACGAGCUGAGUGCACUUACUGAAUACAUGCGAAAUGAGACUUUUCCCGAUGAAAAGGGAUGGUAUAGAUUAGGCUCAGUACUGAUGAAACUGAAUCAAAACGAAACAGCUGAGUCGAUCUAUCGAAAUUUGCUUGAUCAAACCGAAAAUGAAGGUGACAAGACACCAAUUUAUCGCAUGAUCGGUUCGACGAAAACUAACAGCGGAAAUUUUCAAGAGGCAAUGAAAUGCUUCAAGAAGGCACUACACAUUGAAAAGAAAACUCUUGUCCCUCAGCGUUUACAGCUCAUUCGUUCCUUUGUCAACAUUGGCUCUACGUACCAUAACAUGGGCAACAAUCGAAAAGCACUUGCAUACUAUAAAAAAAUUCUCGCCAUCGAGCGACACACAUUUCCUUCAAAUCAUCCAGGUCUAGCCUUGUCUUAUAAUAGCAUCGGCUUAGUGCAUUCUAGAAUGAACAACUAUACCAAAGCACUUUCAUACUAUGAGAAAGCUCUCGCAAUCCAACAACAAACACUUCCUUCAGGUGAUUCUGAUUUAGCCUUGACUUAUAACAAUAUCGGCUUAGUUUGUGACAGAAUGGGCAACUAUCCCCAAGCACUAGCAAAUUUUGAAAAAGCGCUCGCAAUUCAAUUGAAAACACUUCCUUCGAGCCAUCCAGAUUUAGCCACGUCUUACGUUAGUAUUGGUAUUGUGCAUGAUAGAAUGGGUGAAUAUUCCAAAGCACUUUCACAUAAUCAAAGAGCUCUUGCAAUCCAACAACAGGCACUUCCUCCAAAUCAUCCUGAUUUAAUCUUAUCUUACAUCAGCACCGGCGUAGCAUUUGAUCGAGUGGGCAACUAUUCCAAUGCGCUUACGUAUUAUGAAAAAGCGCUCACAAUCCAACAAGAGACACUUCCUCCAACUCAUCUUGAUUUAUCUGCAUCGUACAAUCGAAUUGGUAUAGUGUAUAACCGAAUGGGCGACUAUUCCAAAGCACUUACAUACCAUAAAAAGGCUCUUGAAAUCCGACAGCAAGUACUGCCUCCAGAUCAUCCUAAUUUAGUCAAAUCUCACAGCCAAAUUAGGGCAAUGUGGUGCAAAUUGAAUGGUCAUCGCAAAUCACUUACGUAG